CAUGUAGUUUCCAGGGGUAAAAUAUAUAAGAGAAUAAUUUCUUUUCCACCACAAUAAUUUAUUGUUCCCAUAUCUCCAAUGAUUUGGCUUUCGCCAUUUUUGUACGCAUAUACGAUAAACAAGUAGCGAAGGAGAAAGUACCCAGAGAUUAUUUGUGUUAUGUCCGAGAGGGAUCUUUCUUUUUUAUACUAAGAAUCUUACACAGAUCUCUCUCGUUUACGAUUUUUCUCAUUAGCUAUGGGUAUCUGGGAAUCAUUUCUCAAUUGGCUUCGAAGCCUUUUCUUUAAGCAGGAAAUGGAGCUUUCAUUGAUAGGAUUGCAAAAUGCGGGAAAAACAUCUCUUGUAAAUGUUAUUGCUACUGGUGGAUACAGUGAAGACAUGAUACCUACUGUGGGAUUUAAUAUGCGCAAAGUGACUAAAGGAAAUGUCACUAUAAAAUUGUGGGACCUUGGAGGUCAACCCAGAUUCCGCAGUAUGUGGGAGAGAUACUGUCGUGCAGUUUCUGCUAUAGUUUAUGUUGUUGAUGCUGCUGAUCCUGAUAACCUCAGCAUUUCAAGUAGUGAACUCCAUGACCUGCUGAGCAAGCCAUCGCUGAGUGGUAUUCCAUUGCUGGUGCUGGGAAACAAGAUUGACAAGCCUGAUGCCCUGUCCAAACAGGCUUUGACUGACCAGAUGGGAUUGAAAUCAAUCACUGAUAGAGAAGUGUGCUGCUACAUGAUCUCGUGCAAGAAUUCUACCAAUAUUGACUCAGUCAUUGAUUGGCUUGUUAAGCACUCGAAAUCAAAGAGCUAAGGAUGACAAAAUCUUUUUUGUAGUGGUGCUGAUUUGUAUGUUAAAUUCGCGAGGCUAUUGGUUUUUCUGCUGGUUUCUCCAGAGUUCUUGUAUUGUAAAUUAAAUUAUCGUCUAUUGAAUGAGUUGUUACAUGUUUUCUCCC